GCGUGCGCCAACAAUCUCUGACAUGUCCGGCGUUGCCUGCGACUGCGCAGCGGCCAUGUCGUCCGACGCGGUGGCGGCGGCGAGGAAGGGCCGCCUCAAGCAGCGCUACGACAACGAGUUCCGCCUCGUCGCCGGGUGCGUGCCGUACCGGGUGAAGAAGGGCGACGAGGGCAACCCGUGCAGCAGCCCCGGCGGCGACCCGGCGGAGGUGGAGGUGCUCAUGAUCUCCACGCCUAACCGGGCCGACAUGGUCUUCCCCAAGGGCGGGUGGGAGGACGACGAGGACGUGUACCAGGCGGCGUCUCGCGAGGCCAUGGAGGAGGCCGGCGUCAAGGGCGUCAUCAACAGAGCUGCAUUGGGACACUGGGUGUUCAAGAGCAAGAGCAGCCAGAACAGCACCAGCCCAAGGGGAGCCUGCAAGGGCUACAUCUUCGCCAUGGAGGUCACUGAGGAGCUCGAGUCAUGGCCGGAGCAGGACACCCACAGCCGGCGAUGGGUCUCGCCCGGCGAAGCCUACCAGCUCUGCCGGUACGACUGGAUGCGGGAGGCGCUCACCGCGCUGCUGGAGCGGCUAUCGGUGAUCGAGCCGGUGGCCGCAGCGGCGGCGUCGGCCACGCCGGAGCUGAACGACCAGGCCGGCAUGUACAUGAUGCUGCAGGCGACCUCGGACGGCGCGGUGGCGCUGUGCUGAUGGACGAACGACGCUGCCGCUGCUGCUGUGGAUAACUGAUGAACGCAGCUAGUCAGCAGCCUCCCCCACCUUCAACUGCAAACAUGGCAACCAUCAGAACUUCAGAAGAUUAAAGAAAAAGUUCAGAUACCCUAAUCACUCAUUUAGAACUUCGCAGUUAGUGAUGAGUCUCCAGUACCUGCAAGUGUUGUCUGUCCAGUAACAGCUGCACAUUGUCAAAGUGUGUGUGCCUGUUGCCUGAGCCCCUCGGUUUGCAGGCAGUUCCCAUCCCCAGCGUGGGAGUGGCUGGCUUCGGAGGUUAGGGCAAAACCGUCCACUUAAUGAUCAAUCCAGUGCCUGCUAAUUACUGGGGGUUCCUGUGUAAUGUUUUGUCGUGUAAUAUGUGGAAAUAGCAUGGCGACCUGUCCAUGCCUUGUGUCUGUAAAGUGCCCGUAAUAUCCUUACAUGGACUCUGCUGAAAUGUUGAAAUGCUGUGAAUAAAGCUACCUUCUCUUUAA